CUCCCUCCUCUCGGAGAGAGGGCUGUGGUAAAAGCCGUCCGGAAAAUGGCCGCCACCGCCGCCGCCGCGCCGAGCGGAGGAGGAGGAGGAGGCGAGGAGGAGAGACUGGAGGAAAAGUCAGAAGACCAGGAUCUCCAGGGCCUCAGAGACAAGCCCCUGAAGUUUAAGAAGGUGAAGAAAGAUAAAAAAGAAGACAAAGAGGGCAAGCAUGAACCUCUGCAGCCUUCAGCCCACCAUUCUGCAGAGCCAGCAGAGGCAGGCAAAGCAGAGACAUCAGAAGGUUCGGGCUCUGCUCCAGCUGUUCCAGAAGCUUCUGCUUCCCCCAAACAGCGGCGUUCCAUCAUCCGUGACAGGGGACCCAUGUAUGAUGACCCCACCCUGCCUGAAGGUUGGACACGAAAGCUUAAGCAAAGAAAGUCUGGCCGCUCUGCUGGGAAGUACGAUGUGUAUUUGAUCAAUCCCCAGGGAAAAGCCUUUCGCUCUAAAGUGGAAUUGAUUGCAUACUUCGAAAAGGUAGGCGACACCUCCUUGGACCCUAAUGAUUUUGACUUCACGGUGACUGGGAGAGGGAGCCCCUCCCGGCGAGAGCAGAGACCAGCUAAGAAGCCCAAAUCUCCCAAAGCUCCAGGAACUGGCAGAGGUCGGGGGCGCCCCAAAGGGAGCGGCACUGGGAGAGCCAAGGCGGCGGCCCCAGAAGGUGUUCAGGUGAAGAGGGUCCUGGAGAAAAGCCCUGGAAAGCUCCUCGUCAAGAUGCCUUUCCAAGCGUCGCCUGGGGGCAAGGGCGAGGGGGGUGGGGCUACCACUUCGGCCCAGGUCAUGGUGAUCAAACGCCCUGGCAGAAAGCGAAAAGCUGAGGCUGACCCCCAGGCCAUUCCCAAGAAACGGGGCAGAAAGCCAGGAAGUGUGGCAGCAGCUGCUGCCGCUGAGGCCAAAAAGAAAGCCGUGAAGGAGUCUUCCAUCCGGUCUGUUCAGGAGACCGUGCUCCCCAUCAAGAAGCGCAAGACCCGGGAGACGGUCAGCAUUGAGGUCAAGGAGGUGGUGAAGCCCCUGCUGGUGUCCACCCUCGGCGAGAAGAGCGGGAAGGGACUGAAGACCUGCAAGAGCCCCGGGCGGAAAAGCAAGGAGAGCAGCCCUAAGGGGCGGAGCAGCAGCGCCUCCUCGCCCCCCAAGAAGGAGCACCACCACCACCACCACCACUCAGAGUCCCCAAGGGCCCCCAUGCCACUGCUCCCGCCACCGCCUCUGCCCCUGCCUGAGCCUGAGAGCUCCGAGGACCCCACCAGCCCCCCUGAGCCCCAGGACUUGAGCAGCAGCGUCUGCAAGGAGGAGAAGAUGCCCCGAGGAGGCUCACUGGAGAGCGAUGGCUGCCCCAAGGAGCCAGCUAAGACUCAGCCCGCAGUCGCUACUGCCGCCACAGCUGCAGAAAAGUACAAACACCGAGGGGAGGGAGAGCGCAAAGACAUUGUUUCAUCCUCCAUGCCAAGGCCAAACAGAGAGGAGCCUGUGGACAGCCGGACGCCCGUGACCGAGAGAGUUAGCUGACUUUACACAGAGCGGAUUGCAAAGCAAACCAACAAGAAUAAAGGCAGCUGUUGUCUCUUCUCCUUAUGGGUAGGGCUCUGACAAAGCUUCCCGAUUAACUGAAAUAAAAAAUAUUUUUUUUUCUUUCAGUAAACUUAGAGUUUCGUGGCUUCAGGGUGGGAGUAGUUGGAGCAUUGGGGAUGUUUUUCUUACCGACAAGCACAGUCAGGUUGAAGACCUAACCAGGGCCAGAAGUAGCUUUGCACUUUUCUAAACUAGGCUCCUUCAACAAGGCUUGCUGCAGAUACUACUGACCAGACAAGCUGUUGACCAGGCACCCCCUCCCACCCGAACCUUUUCCCCAUGUGCUCAUUAGAGACAGAGAGCAGUUGAGAGGACACUCCUAUUUUUGGUGCCAUUGGUGCCCCAUCCACAGCUCCACUGGCUCCCCUACCGCCCCCACUCCCAACCUCAGUGGGAUAGAGAGGUGUGAGGUAGGAGCAACCGUUGGAUUCUUUAGGAAAACGACGGUGAUGACCAGUGACUGUGGCCCACAUGAUUCCAUCCAUGGUGGCACAAGUCUGACCACACACCAACCCCAAUCCAAAACUGACAAGGACAUUUUGCAGGACAGGAAAGUGAUACCUGUCUGUUCCGGCUCUGGCGUGCCUAAGAAAGAGUCCUGAACUGCUGGCUAUAGACUGCCCUGAACCACAGGAGAGGGUAGCCCAGGAUAAGGUGACAUCACCUGUCCUCAAGGCAUGUUCCUCCAGUGGAUGGCGCUACAGGGGCCAUGGAGGCAGCAGGACAAGGCACAGGCAGGCUGCUCAGCAGUCAAGCUAAGCCUAGUGCCACAGAGCAAGAGAUUCCUAGUCACUUACAACAGUCUGUGACUAGUAGUUAAGGACUUAGUGGACAGUAACAGGGCAGGGGGAGAGAGGAAAAUGUUCUUCCAGUUACUUUCCAGUUUUCCUUUAGGGACAGCUGAGAAUUAUUUGCACUAUUGAGUCUUCAUAUUCCCACUUCAAAACAAACAGAUGCUCUGGAAAGCAAACUGGCUAAAAAUGGUGACAUUUGUCCCUCAGGCCACCAGGCGUGAUGGUGUUCAGAACUACCUGGAUCUGUAUAUACCUGCGCUUGUUUUAAAGUGGGCUCAGCACAUAGGGUUCCCACGAAGCUCCGAAACUCUAAGUGUUUGCUGCAAUUUUAUAAGGACUUCCUGAUUGGUUUCUCUUACGUCCUUCCAUUUCUGCCUUCCUUCCAUUUCGUGCUCCUUUCCCCUAACUCCCAGUUCAUCCCUUCCGUUCCAGGAGCUGCAGUGCCCAACCCCACGCCCGGCUGGCACUAGUCAGCUGCAGCUGUAGCUCUCUCUGCUCUUUGCCUUUCCAUUGCUAGCACCAGCCAUCACGCCAGCCCCGAGCAAGCUCUGAGCUCUGCUGAGUCCACCCUGGCCUCUGGGAAGAACAAGAAGGCAGCAAGCUUUUGCUCUCUUAGGUAGUCAUGUCACCUUUUUCCUGCUAAGAAAAAGCAAAAGGCUUUUCAGACCCUGAACCAUAAGCCUCUCCACCUUGUGCUCUAGAAAAGCUGGGCCACAUUCGGUGGCUGAAGAAGACACGGGGGCCCUCUGGGGCCUGUCAGAGUCACUGAAUGGGGCUCUCAACAGGGCCUCCCUGCCCUCUGCCCUUAGCCCCACUCCGAAGUCUAGUGUCAAGCAUAGUGUGGCAGGGUACUGCGCGGGGCAGAUGCAGACUAGAAUGACACCUAGCCCCUCUUCUGCCACCCUUUCCCCACCAAGUCCUUGUCUAGCAGAACUCUGGCUCUUGCCCACUGGAGUCUGGGCAGAUCCAGCGACCACACAUUUCAGUCUCUGGUGAGUGUGGUUGGGGAGCUUGGGCUUGCUGUGGGGUUUUAAUGAUCAGUUUUCAUUUGGGAUCCCAAAGUUUUUAACCUGUUCAGGAAGUCCUUAUCUAGCUGCAUAUCUUCAUCAUAUUGGUAUAUCCUUUUCUGUGUUUACAGAGAUGUCUCAUAUCUAAAUCUGUCCAACUGAGAAGUACUUUAUCAAAGUAGCAAAUGAGACAGCAGUCUUAUGCUUCCAGAAACACCCACAGGCACGUCCCAUGUGAGCUGCUGCCAUGAACUGUCAAGUGUGUGUUGUCUUGUGUACUUUCGUUACUGUCCCCCAGCUUCCUUACCGCGGUGUAAUCAUGGAGGAGUGAAACAACAUAGAAAUCGUCUAGCACUUCCUUGCCAGUCUUUAGUCAGGAACUAUAGUUGACAGUUCCAAUCGAUAGCUUAAGAAAAAACCAUGUUUGUCUCUUCUGGAAUGGUUAGAACUAAGUGAGGGAUUUUGCCCUUUCUGUUUGCAGUCACAGUUGGACUUUUCUAGCUGAUUUGUAUCCGUUUGCUUACGCUGUAAGAGCAAACCUUGCAACCAGAUUCUUGUCAACCAGUCCUGAUCCCUUCUGCUUGCUCUGGUGUGAUCCUCAGCCUUGCUUAUGACUCCUCCCCAGGAAGGGAGGAGGGGUCAGAGGAGGGACUCCAGGGGUCCAGGAUGUGUCCAGAACCCCUCUUCCUCCAAGGACAAAAGGCCCCUGCCCCUGCAGUGGCCUCGCAUUCCCAGCGCCCUUCAAGGACACCUGUCCGAGCAAGCAUAGCACCUGGGUCAGGUCAUCAUCAAGAUGUUUAUUGUGGUCAGCUGGGUUUUUGCGUGUCGUACUUAGUCCAAUGAAAUAUGGCUCCUAGGCUUUGUGCUGCCUGGGCUGGUUAGACAUUCAUGGUUUGGGAACAUCGGGUGCCAUGUUAUUUCAUUUGGGCCCCACAUUCGGCUCCUUCUCUCCCAGCUUCUUUCCCUUAGAGCUGGUUCCAAAACUGCAGAUAGUGCCUGCAGCUCCUUGGGAUUUUCUCUACUUCCCACCUUCUUCCCCAUUCUCUCCUUCCUAAAUAAAGGCAUCAUGAGUCAGUCACCUUUUAAGCAGGCAGCUUUGGAGGGGUUGUACUCUGGCAGCCAGGGGCCCUGUAGAUCUCAGGCCACUGCUGCCUUGUAGUCAGGUUGACAAGAGUUUAGAGGGAAAAGCCUUAAGCCACGGGAUUGCCACCAGCUGUGUCUAGCUCAGAUGUGGAGUGUGACCUUGAUCUUGUUGGCACUUGAACACUGUGAGGAUUGGGGGGCAUCUUUUAAUGAAUUCGUGAAGAGUGGAGGAACUGACCAACAGCUCUCGGAUACCUGGAGCUAGGUCACUGAGGUCACAUCCAGUCUCCUCCACCCUGUUCUAGUUGUUAGUUACUACCUCUCCCAAUAGAAUGCUGUCUGUUCUCCAGCUACAAUCAGCUUGGCUUGGCCUGGCCUGACCUUGACCAUUGGUGGGCCUGUCAUAACCAGUGGUAUUGCUGAACUUGACAGUGCAGUGAGCUGAGGCUAGGUCCACAGCCAGGCUCUCCUACAGCUCCCGUCUGCUGGUGCUGUAGUUCUGUGUUGAAAGGCGCAGGGGACACUUAGAAAUGCCAUAUCUCCCAGUCCAUCAGUGCCAAACUAGCCAGUGGCCCCAGCCUCUCAUCUCCAAGGAUGUGAAAGCUGUAGCCCCAUCGUGGGUGCAGACAAGUCUGUUCCAUGCUGUCCCAAGAGGCUAGUGGCCACAAACAUUGGAGGUGGAAACUGGAGCAGUCCCCAAGUUGCUGCUUCUCUGCUCGGCUUGUUGCUAUGAACAGUGAUCUUGGAAAAGGGUACUAAUACCCAGAAAGAGACUGCCAAGUUUGGUGGGGACAGAACCUCUGGAUAAGUUACAGGUGGUUCAAGCCCAGGAAAGAGCAAAAGGGUCAGAACUAAGUCCACCAGAUGGAACCAAUCAGAUUUCACAUAGCCCAAGUGGAGUGUCUGAGCUCUGUAUCCCAUCCCUCCAACUGUAGUAUCCUUCCAGAGCAUUCCACCCAGGCUGUCUGGGCAGAGAGAGGGGAGGUCACAGGUGCCAGUUCUGCAUGAAAACCUUUGUGUAUUAGUUGGUAACCUAUAUAACUUGCCCCAGAUUGUUUCCUGAUUCGGGUUCAUACCUACAGAUCCUAGGACCGAGACUUCAGGAAAUGAGUUUCUAGAGCCCUGUGGACUUUGACAGCAGAACUCCACGUUGGAGGGCUGGGGCAGAUGGAGCACUGUCCCAUGCCUGAGUCAAACCCUCUGCUUCACCCAUCUCCUCUUCGGGCUCUUCCUCCCUGCUCUCUGCUGUAGUGAACCAGCCCCACUCUGAAGGCAUUUGUUGAUUCUCUCCAUUUUGAUGUCUUUCUUUUUUAGGUACUAUAUCAAUCUUUAGAAAAGGCUUAGUCUAAUUGUUAUAAAUCGCUAGGAUACUGCCUCCCCCAGGGUCUAAAAUUACAUGCUAAAGGGGGAAAUUGAACACUGAAAUGAGUUCUCAACAAUUUAGAGGGAGAACCUUGAAAACAUUUGGCAGAAAAUUACAUUUUGAUGUUUCUGAAUAAGAGCAGGCUUUUACAAAAAUGCUGAUCUAAAAUACUUAGUGCUUGGCCUGCGAUAUCUGGUGAGUGAUCUGGGCAAAAGGAACUCCAGCCUGAAGCCUCCUGCAUCUGAAGAGGUGGAACCUGGAGCCUCUUGAGAUUCUGGCCAUUUGAUCAUUGGAAAGCCAGUCACUCCUUGAGUAGGUAGCUGUCCCCAGAACACAGCUUCUGACCUUGCCCUUUGGUGGUGACUUCCCUUGAUAUGGGAAGCAAACUAUUCACCAGUGACCCAGGGUCAGUACAAACGACCCACUGUACUCAUCUUGACUGAACCUGCCUCAGCACUACGGAGGGAACUAGGAAGGGUCUGUGGCCAUGGUGUGUAUCCAGCCCUGGGGCCUCCCAUCCACCCCCCCCCCACCCCCGAAGGGUCUUAGUUAUAGAUGGAAUGGCUGUGUGGCAAGUGCCCUGGCAUGCCCUUCUGAACCCACACCUCUCCCCAGAGUUUCUCACUGUCUCCUCAAGCCACCCACUUGUCCUCCAGGUGACAUGGGAGCCCCUAGGGGAUAGGAGGGAGGGAGGGCAGUGUAACCGCUCCCAAGGAAGAUGGUCCUCUCCUCCCCUGCAUUGGAGGGGGCUUUAUUCAAGCAGAGCCCCAGGCCCUCAUGGAAAGAAGUGUCGCCUUUGAGUUAAAGAACAUCCUGGCAAUUCUCAAAUGGCCUUUGCUCCUUGCUUCCCCUCUCUCUUACAUCUUAAAAGGUCCUGCUUAGCAGUGAGAGCAAAUGCGGUGUAAAGAUGAAGAUCUUUGUUUAGUUCCUGCCCACUGAUAGUCCUUCUCCCCGCAGUGUUUGUGUGUCAAGUGGCAAAGCUGUUCUUCCUGGUGAGCCUGACACUAUCCAGUAACUUAGAGACUACAUGCAUAGGCCUGCCUCGUCUCCUCUCUUCUGGACUUCUGCUUAGCUUUUCAGUUUGGCUUUUAGUUGAACCUAUCCUUUUUAUUUUAUGCACCAACUAGACACACAGAGCAGUUGAAUUUUAUAUAUAUAUACAUAUAUAUAUAUCUGUAUAUUUCACAAUUAUAAACUCAUUUUGCUUGUGGCUCCACACAAAAAAAGACCUGUUAAAAUUAUACCUGUUGCUUAAUUACAAUAUUUCUGAUAACCAUAGCGUAGGACAAGGGAAAAUAAAAAAAAAAAAAGAAAAAAAAGACAUCUGUCUGCUGGUCACUUCUUCAGUCCAAGCAGAUUCGUGAUCUUUCCUCGCUUCUUUCAAGGGCUUCCUUGUGCCAAGUGAAGGAGGCCCCAGGUAGCACCCAGGUUUUGUUUCUCCUCUGCUUGUGAAUGGGGUCCCAGGAUUCUGGGCGCAAGACAGUUCACCUCAGCAAGGGGUCCAGGAGCACUCCCUUGACCUGCUGAAGUCCAGAAUUUAGUCAUUACAGCCUGAUCUCCUCCAUCUCUGGGGGUGGGGAGUUGGCACGCUUGGGAGGUGGCUCAGCUCCCUCCACCCCUCCAUAGCCAGGGAAAGCCCAUGUGCAGGCAGUCUGGUAGGCUUCCCCAUUGGCAGGGUUCGAAACAUUUUAAAACCCACUCCACCUCACUGACUCCAGGGGCUAGAGGGGAGAGGCCUGGCCUGUCUCUGAACCCAUGAACUGCACCAGGUAGAAUGCCAGAGACCCCAGAACCACAGCCAACAGUCCAGUGAGUCUCCUACAAAGAGUAGUGAAGACUCCAGAAACAUCCUUCUUUUUUCCCCCUCCCAUGAGUAAUUGCAUUUGCUUUUGUAAUUCUAAAUGAGCAAUAUCUGCUAGAAAGUUUAGCUGUAACAGUUCUUUUUGAUCAAUUUUAAGUAAAAAUCACCAAAUAAUAAAAUCCAGAAACUUGUUCUUCCAAAGCAGAGAGCAUUAUAAUCACCAGGGCCAAAAUCUAUCCCCUACCCCCAUUCCCCAUCCUGCAUCAUUGCUUCUUCUGAGGCCAGAAUUCAAGAGACAUUUGUAGGCCCUUUGGGUGGCCGGGACACCCUCAGGCCUCUUGGAAGAUGGGCUGGGGCAGCCUCUGGGUCCCUAUCCCAGGACCUGCUCCAGCAGGCGAUCAGUAUUAGCCGAGGGUUGCGACGAUCUUUCCCAGUCAGCUGGGAUUGGGGCAGAGAAGGCAAGAGGCUGUUGCCGUUGAAGUUCAGCCACUGACAGGUGGGUGACCACACGUGUCCACUUGUGUGCUUGCUGGCUGAUGUGAAAUCGGCAUCCAAGUUAGCCUCACCUGGUGACCUCUAGCCCUGCCCGGAUGGAGUGGGCCACCUGGUUCCAUGUUUCUGGAGAGCUGGACGGUGAAGUGCAAAAGGCUUGCAGAACUUGAAGCCUGCUCCUUCCCUUGUCACCACGGCCUCCUUUUCCAUUUGAUUUGUCACUGCUUCAAUCAAUAACAGCCGCUCCAGAGUCAGUAGUUGAUGAAUAUAUGACCAAAUAGCACCAGGACUGUUACUCAAUGUGUGCCGAGCCCUUUCCUUGUGCUGGGCUCCCCGUGUACCUGGACACUGUAACGUGUGCUGUGUUUGCUCUCCUUCCCUCCUUCCUCACCCUUUCCUUGUCUUUCUGGGGUUUUUCUGUUUGGGUUUGGUUUGGUUUUUAGUUUUCCUUUUGUGUUCCAAACAUGAGGUUCUCUCUACUGGUCCUCUUAACUGUGGUGUUGAGGCUUAUAUUUGUGUAAUUUUUGGUGGGUGAAAGGAACUUUGCUAAGUAAAUCUCUUCUGUGUUUGAACUGAAGUCUGUAUUGUAACCAUGUUUAAAGUAAUUGUUCCAGAGACAAAUGCUUCUAGACACCUUUUCUUUACAAAGAAGAGGAGGGAAGGGCAUGGUGACUAAGGCAAGAGGGGCGAUCUGAAGAGAUGACCCCUGCCCGACCCCUGCAGAAGCCACUCUUAAGAGGUCAAGCCCAGGAGUCCCAUUCUCAAAGUCAGACCAAAACCAGCUUUUGUUCCACCUAGUGGAAUCUUUUGUGCUCCCCUCUUCCCCUCCCCAGGUUAUUACCACCAUUGUUUUUAAGGGAAAACAAGGUCAGUGUUCCUUCAGAGAGAGCCAGAAAGGGAUGUGGGGGCAGAGCUCAACUCGCUGGGGGGAGGGUGCUGAGCUUGAAGUCAGGGCACCACUGGUGGGCACGGGUCAGGUGGGUUGGCAGGUGGAUUGGCCACUCCCUGACUUAACACAUCUCUUCCUGGACAAGGCCAGGCAGAAUAAACAUUGUCUCCAAGGCAUGCCCCAGAGCAUUACCAGUCAGGACACUUCUGUCACACUCCCAUUCUAUCCCCAAGUGCAAAGUACUAAUGGGGUAUCUAUUCCUCGCUGCCCCAGGGGAAUGAAAUGAUGGCAGAGGGGACUUGCUCCCUUUCUUUGCUAUCAUCUGAUUCCCAGCAAAAUUUGAAUGUGAGACAUACCCUUCCCUUUCCAUGGCCACCACCCUUUGAGGUAAACAUGUUACAGAUCAUUUUGGGCUCACUGAACAGGGGCAGAUCUGUGCCCCUUAGUGCCGCAGGUGGGGACAGUGUUCCUGUAGUGACCAUGUACCCAUGGAAGAACCAGGCAGGGUGUAUGCCCCCUUCCAAAUCCAAGUCAUGCUGCCGUCUGCCAGUCUGAGAACCAGUCUGUGGGACAGUACUGCCAGUGACAGGCCACCCUGUGCUGAAGGGAGCUGGCUACAGCUCACAAGCCCACCUGAGGGUUGGGAGUGGACAUACAGGGCACGGGGAGAGACCCGGGACAGACUCAGCUGGAGGGGUAUUGAAAAAGCCCUCUGUCGCCUUCACCUUCAGUUUUUGUGUUUUGGGACAAUUACUUUAGAAAAUAAGUAGGUCGUUUUAAAAACAAAAAUAUUGAUUGCUUUUUUGUAGUGUUCAAAAAAGGUUCUUUGUGUAUAGCCAAAUGACUGAAAGCACUGAUAUAUUUAAAAACAAAAGGCAAUUUAUUAAGGAAAUUUGUACCAUUUCAGUAAACCUGUCUGAAUGUACCUGUAUACGUUUCAAAAACACCCCCCACUGAAUCCCUGUAACCUAUUUAUUAUAUAAAGAGUUUGCCUUAUAAAUUUACAUAAAAAUGUCCGUUUGUGUCUUUUGUUGUAAAAUCAAGUGGUUUUUCAUAAGGUUCUUUUACUAUUUGAAAAGAUGGGCAGCACGCAGUUUUAUUUUAUUUUUGUACGAUUUUUAAUACAUGUGAAAGCAAAGAAUACUCAGCAUGCCUUUCUAAGUGACGCGUUUGCACCUUUUGUUGGGAAGUACUGUAUCCUGUGCUGUUAGCAUUCUCGAUAAAUCUCUCUGUGAAAGUGA